AUGCUUCUCGAAGGCCUUAUACUUCGAGCGGCUUGCGACCGCUGCCAUAAGCGUAAGCAGCGUUGUAUGCGUUUAUCAACUAGCGAUGACAAUACUCCAUGUCGAAGAUGCAAAGAAGCCGGUGAAAAGUGUGUUUAUAGUCCGCCAUGCCGUCUUGGAAGACCCAGCAACAAAUCAAAACAACAGCGAUGCCGACAGUCCAACGAAGAUCCUCCCGAGGAAGACAAUGUCUUCAUCAACAGCAGUCCCGUUCCAGUGGCAUCAAAUGCCACUUCAUUCAAAAGAGACGAUAUGACGAAUAAGAAUAUCACAGAUUUACCCCAGGCUGGGAAUACGGGAUCAAAAUAUCGCAUUCGACAGCCCGGGCGGUCUCGGAGGUCUCGAAAUUCCCGAUCAACACCGCCUCUAGAUUCGCCGAAAUCCACGGCACAUGCCCCUAAAGUCUCCGAUGGCAAUCUUCCAUCUAAGCCCUUCUUCAACUCUUCAGUUCCUUCUCCGCCGAAUGUCUUUCGGGGGUUAUUGCAAGAUUCCAAUGUGUCUCUACAACAAACACGAUCAAUACAAACACAAAGCCAACAUCAUCAUAUCGACCUUUCAACAACUACCACCCCGGCAGACCACUUAUUUCCAGCACCCGAUAGCCAUUCUAUUACUGCACAAACGAAUAAAGUUGACAUGGGUAAUCGGAUGUGGCAUAUGCCUAUCGAAGGGGCUUUCAGAAUGGCAAGCAGUCACAAACUCAGCGGACCACUCGAUUACCAUCAGCAAAUCACUCAUAAUACGCUCUCUACCCAUUCUAACCUUCAACACCAGUCUCAAAAAUUCAUCGCUUGCAACCAAGAGGGCCAGAUGCUGAGUCCCAUUACGCCAACAAGUGACGCCAACAAGUCGAUAUGGCACAGCACCUCUAUGAAUGUGCCACACAGCCAACACCCUGGAGGAACAAGUUUGGCCAGACCUUUAACUCCGCCGCCAUUAUUACUGACUAGCCAUUCCUAUAGUGCUGGAGAUCAUACAAAUGGGUACGUGCACCCGGGUUUCGUCCAUAUGCCAUCCGACAAUUAUAAUCCAGGAGAUCCCUGGAUUGCCGAUGUCAAUGAGCCGUAUUAUGCAGUCAAUGAAAAGUCUGCAGAGAGCCCAAUCAUCACGACUACUGCAUUGAUACAGAACUAUCACUUGCAGAUGCAGUUGAUGUCAUCUGGGAAUCUCGAACUCAGAGAAGGUGAAGAGAAUUGGUUGAGAUAUCCAAUUUAUCAAUAA